AGUGAGGGAGGGAGGGAGGUAGAGAGAGAGGCGUGGAGCGAUACACACCGUCAGAGUGGAGGGAGACCAACAGAGGACAGGAGCUGCAGAGCAACCCCGCGAGCAGAGAGAGAGGCAGAUGAACACAACACAACACUCUCCUUUUGAAUGAACGUUUGAGUUCAGCGCUAGAGAACAACAAGGACAUAUCCCAGAGACUCGCAGGAUAAACUUCAGUCCUCCACCGAAGCAUCGUCUCCUCGCCACGCUCUUCCUCCUUCCCUUCCCUUUUAUCAUCCUCAUCUUCCCUCCCUGUCAUCAUCGUCACCGUCAUCAUCCUCACCUGUAUUUACUACCUUGUCUGUUUUUUAAAAGGCGAGGGAUUCGCUUGGUCGCCCUCCUCUCUCUGUCCCUCUCCUGCACCUAGGGGGGUCCUAGGCAGGCUUAGCAGGGUGUCGGUGCUAGCGAGGUACCCUAGUACUCACUGGUAGUAGAACUAGCGGAGGACGUGGUGGUGUUUGGGGUUCAGGGGAGACACAGAGUGGACCAUCCCAGGAGAGGAGAGCUGAGCGGAGGCAUGAACGCCAGAAGAGUCGCUCCCGGGGGGUUGGCUGAGUCCGGACCUCCGCCUGGGUCUGUGAGGAAGAGCCGGAUAGGAGGAAGAGGAGGAGGAGGAGGAGAAGGAGUAUUGCGGGCUGAGAAGAUGCUGGUGCUGGAGCUGCUUCUGCUGCUGGUGGUGGGGGUCCCGUCUGGGGGGCGAGGUGCAGAGGCCUGCCCGGCCCCCUGCAGCUGUGACGGGGCCACGGUGGACUGUCACGCCCUGGGUCUCCAGGCCGUCCCCAAGAACAUCCCCAGAGGAACCGAGAGACUAGAUCUGAAUGGAAACAACCUGACAGUCAUCACCAAGACCGACCUGUCUGGACUCAAACAUCUGCGCGUGCUUCACCUGAUGGAGAACCAGAUCAGUAAUGUCGAAAGAGGAGCCUUUGAUGACCUGAAAGAGCUGGAGAGACUACGCCUCAACAGGAACCGUCUGAGCCAGCUGCCGGAGCUCCUCUUUCAGAAGAACGAGCUUCUCUCCCGGCUAGACCUCAGUGAUAACAGCAUCCAGGCUGUUCCCAGGAGGGCUUUCAGGGGAUCCACAGACCUGAAGAACCUCCAGCUGGAUAAGAACCAGAUCGUGUGCAUAGAGGAGGGAGCCUUCCGGGCCCUGCGUUCCCUGGAGGUCCUGACAUUGAACAACAACAACAUCAGCAGCAUCCCUGUCUCCAGUUUCAACCACAUGCCCAAACUGAGGACCUUCCGUCUCCACUCCAACACACUGAGGUGUGACUGCCACCUGGCCUGGCUGGCCCCCUGGCUGAGACAGCGGCCCUCCCUGGGUCUCUACACGCAGUGCACUUCCCCUCCCAACCUGCGGGGGCUCAACCUCGCCGAGCUCAACAAGAAAGACCUGGCCUGCACAGGUCACAGCGGCAGUGCGUUCGUCCAGCCAUGCAGUUUAGCGUCUGGCUCCUGUCCUCCCAUGUGCUCCUGCAGCAACAACAUUGUGGACUGCCGGGGGCGGGGCCUAACCGCUAUCCCCGCCCACCUCCCCGAGGCCAUGACAGAGAUUCGUCUGGAACAGAAUGGCAUCAAGUCUGUCCCGCCCGGAGCCUUCAGCUCCUACAAGAAACUAAGGAGGAUAGACCUGAGUAAUAACCAGAUAUCCGAGAUCGCUCCCGAUGCAUUUCAUGGCCUUCGAGUGCUCAACUCACUCGUGCUUUAUGGGAACAAGAUCACAGAACUUCCCCAGGGGGUAUUUGAUGGUCUUGCAUCUCUGGAGUUGCUGCUUCUCAACGCCAACAAGAUCCACUGCGUCCGCUCCGGGGCCUUCAAGGACCUGGAGAACCUAGCCCUGCUGUCGCUGUACGACAACAAGAUCCAGAGCCUGGCCAAGGGCACCUUCAGCACCCUGCGCAACAUCCAAACGCUCCACCUGGCCCAGAACCCCUUUGUGUGUGACUGCAGCCUGCGCUGGCUGGCUGACUUCCUGCGCGCCAACCCCGUGGAGACCAGCGGGGCGCGCUGCGCCAGCCCCCAGCGCCUCGCCAACAAACGCAUCAGCCAGAUCAAGAGCAAGAAGUUCCGCUGCUCCGCCAAAGAGCAGUACCUCAUCCCAGGUACAGAGGACAGGCGUCUGAACUUCGAGUGUAACAGCCGACCGCUUUGUCCGGCUAAGUGCCGCUGCGAGGCUAACGUGGUCGACUGCUCCAACCUGAGACUCACCAAGUUCCCCCAACACCUCCCUCCAUCCACUGAGGAGCUGCGACUGAACAACAACGACCUGUCAGUGCUGGAGGCCACCGGAGUCUUCAAGGGCCUCUCGCACAUCAAGAAAAUAAACCUGAGCAACAACAAGAUCUCUGAGAUUGAGGACGGGGUGUUCGAGGGGGCGGAGUCUGUGGUGGAGCUCCACCUCACAGCCAAUCACCUGCAGUCUGUCCGGGGCACCAUGUUCCGCGGCAUGGAGGGACUACGCAUGCUCAUGCUGAGGAACAACAAGAUCAGCUGCCUCCACAACGGCAGCUUCACGGGGCUCAGCAACGUGAGGCUGCUGUCCCUCUACGACAACCAGCUGAAGACCGUCCUGCCUGGAGCCUUCCACACCCUGCCCCACCUCUCCACCCUAAACUUGCUGGCCAAUCCCUUUAGCUGUGACUGCCGUCUUUCCUGGCUGGGGGUGUGGCUUCGCAACCGGCGAAUCGUAACGGGGAACCCCCGCUGUCAGAGCCCCGACUUCCUCCGGGAGAUCCCCCUACAGGACGUAGCAGAGCAGGACUUCCGCUGUGAGGAAGGCUCCAUGGGGCUGGAGGAGGGGGGCUGCCUGCUGGAGCCGUCCUGCCCGGCCCAGUGCACCUGUGUGGACACGGUGGUGCGCUGUAGCAACAAACACCUGGAGGUCCUGCCCAGGGGGCUUCCUCGCAACCUGACCGAGCUGUAUCUGGAUGGUAACCAGCUGACCAGUGUUCCCAAGGAGCUGGCCUCUUUUAAGUUCCUCCAGCUGGUAGAUCUGAGUAACAACAAAAUCAGCUCCCUGGCAGAUGACGCCUUCUACAACAUGAGCCAGCUGACGACACUAAUCCUGAGCUACAACUCCCUGCGUUGUAUUCCUCCUCUGGCAUUGGGGGGCCUACGCUCUCUCCGUCUGCUCUCGCUCCAUGGCAACCACAUCUCUGAGCUCCACGAGGACAUCUUCACCGACGUCUCCUCUCUCUCGCACCUGGCGAUCGGGGCCAACCCGCUGUUCUGUGACUGCAGGCUGCGCUGGCUGUCCUCCUGGGUGAAGAGUGGCUACAAGGAGCCCGGCAUCGCCCGCUGUGGGGGCCCUCCCGGCAUGGAGGGGAAAUUACUGCUCACCACGCCUGGGGAGAGCUUCAAGUGUCUUGGUCCGGUGGAGACAUCGACACACUCCAAGUGCAGCCCGUGUGCAUCGUCCCCGUGUCAGAACCGGGCCUUGUGCCAGCCCCAUCCCACCGAGAUGUACACCUGUUCCUGUACACCUGGCUUUACGGGGAAGUAUUGUGAGACGUCUACGGAUGUGUGUGCCAGUAACCCCUGCAGCAAUGGAGGAACCUGUCUCCCUGACCAACACAACACAGGCUUCAGCUGUGUGUGUCCAUACGGUUUUGAGGGGUCGCUCUGCCAGGUGAACGUGGAUGACUGCCAGGACCAUGGCUGUGAGAACAGCGCCACCUGUGUGGAUGGAGUGGGGAACUACACCUGCCUUUGUCCUCGCUUUUACAUAGGUGUGCUGUGUGAGGAGGAGGAGGGUGUUUGUUCAGCAGGUAGAAACCCCUGUCAGCACCAGGGCACCUGUCUUACCACCUCCACUGGGGCCAGGUGCCUGUGUAUCCCAGGCUGGGUGGGGGGUGACUGCAGUAUCGACUACAACGAGUGUGUGGACCACCGCUGUGAGAACGGAGCGCAGUGUGAAGACCACCUGGACGGUUACACCUGCGUCUGUCUGCCAGGAUUCAAGGGUGAGAGGUGUGAAGUGUCCUCCCCCCCUCCCUCCCCCUGCCAGCUGGCUGUCUGUCAGAACGGCGCCCCCUGCAGGGAUCAGGGGGGCAUGGCCGUGUGCCAGUGCCCGUCAGGCUUCCAGGGCCAGCGCUGCGAGCGAUUGGUCAGCCUAAAUUUUCUGGACCCGGACUCCUACGUCCAGCUGGGGGAUAUCAGGGACUGGCCCCAAGCCAACAUCACCCUACAGGUGUCCACGUCGGAGGAGAAUGGCAUCCUGCUCUACAACCAAGAUGAGCCUAUCGCCAUGGAGAUCCACCAAGGUCACGUCAGGGUCACCUACAACCCUGGGAACCAACCAGCUACUGCUAUCCACAGCGUGGAGACCGUGAACGACGGGCGGUUCCACACGGUGGAGCUGAUGACCUUUGACCGGAUGGUGAACCUGACUGUGGACGGAGGAGAGCCCACCACCCUGGACAGCCUAGGGCGUGUGCCACGCAGCGGAGAGGGCCCCCUGUAUGUGGGAGGCAUGCCUGACGAGACGGUCCCCUCGGCCCCCAGCCGCCCCCCCCAGCUGCUGAACGGCUCCAGCUUCCAGGGCUGUAUCAGGAACCUGUACAUCAACCAGGAGCUGCAGGACUUCACGCGCGGUCGCAUGCGCCCUGGCGUGGUUCCCGGCUGCCACGCCUGCCGCAAGCUGCUCUGCCUCCACGGCUUCUGUCAGCCACACGGCGCACAGGGUCCUGAAUGCUACUGCCAGCCGGGAUGGGCGGGACAACACUGCGACCAGCCAAUAGCAGGAGGCCUGGCAUUGGUUGCUGUGACCUCUUCGACAGAGGCCGACCCUUGUCAAGACAACAAAUGUGUGAGGGGCGUGUGCGUCCCCCUCGACGGCUACACCUACCGCUGUGAUCACCAGCAGGGGGAGGCACCCGCGCUGGCAGGAGGAGGAGGAGGAGCACUUUGGGGAGGUGCAGCGGUAGGAAGAGCAGCAGCUGACGGGGGCUGGUGCCAGGGGUUGCGAUGUCAUCGCGGCCAGUGCCAGCAGACUGAGGACGGGGUUCACUGUGUCUGUGACCCAGGAUACACCGGGGAGCACUGUGAUGUUGAGUCGUCAUGCCAGGGCGAGGUGGUGCGGGACUUCCACCGGCUGCAGCGUGGCCAGUCCCGCUGCCAGACCUCCAAGACCUACUCCUGGGUGGAGUGUCGGGGUCGCUGCGGGCGGACGCCGGGCGGCCGGAAACGCCAGGCCAUCACCGCUCCACCCACUCCUUCCUCCUGCUGCGCCCCCCUCAGGAUGAGGCGCCGGCGGCUGACCUUCGAGUGCGACGACGGGACGUCCUGGACGCAAGACGUGGAGAAGCCCGUCGAGUGCGGCUGCAAGGAAUGCGUGUAGUGUCCCACUCGACUCCUCCCCCUCACCACCACCAUCACUAUCACGGCCACUCCCCACCAUCAUCCCCCCCCCACCCCCUUGCCCCACUGCUAUUGGCCGAAAAUGUUUUUCCACCUCCUCUCUUGCUCUAACAAAGCCGUGUGUACACACAUUCCAGACUCAGACACACAUUCCCAUUUGUAUGAGAAGGUAUAAAUAAAUACGUAGACAAUGGCCAUACAUUCACACACAUUCACACACACCAUGCAAGGUCUCAGCACUAUGGACAAUGCAUAUGUUUUGUGUGUGUGUUGGUAUGUGUCUGUUCCUUUACCUGUUUGUGUAAGUGGGCACGCUUUUCCCUCUGUGUUUGUGUGUGUGGGUGUGGGUUUGUUUGCCUGCAUGUCAGACGUGUCACACAAUCCCACUUUUCUAUACACUGAAUCCCCCAAAUCCAAUACUUCCCCUCCUCGUCUUCCUCGUCUUCCUCUUCACUCCCAGAGUGUUUCAGAUCCAUCGCUGACGUCUUCCACCACCCGCCACUGUAGCGCUGAAACUCCGGAGAGGACUUCUUACUUCCUACUCUGUUAAUCUUGUGGCGAAACAUUAACCCCAAGAAAGGCAUAAUUUACUUAUUGUUUUUCCACACACUGUUGUCGCAGUGUCACAGUGACAUCUUGUACAUUUUUUCGAUCUGAAUAAUUCCCGCAUGUUGAUGUUAUGAAGUUAGAAAGUAUGACCAGCAUUGUUAUCAAUAUUAAAUUUAUUAACGCUUGUUCUCCUGCUGUGUCCGACUUAACAGUCAAUGCCACAAGCUUCCAUUCACGAUAACAAAUCACUUGGUUACUUGAUGUUAUCUGCAACAAAGGAAAAUGCUUAAUGUAGUCCUAGUACCAGUGUUUUUAAACUCGGAAGGUCAUCAACUAAAUGCUGGAGAGAUGUGUGAAGAACGAAUAUGCACAGCACUGGAAAUGUCAUCACAGCUAAGAGCUUUACAUGCCUGAGUAUUCAGCAGACAGAUGAGCUGUGACAACGUAAAUAACUUAGCGUUAAAAGAUUCCCUGUGGUUGUACACAUUUAAAUAUAAAUAAAUGAUUUUUUACCUUCCUAUGACAGUAGGGCAGCCCUUGAUCAAAGCAUAAGAUACUCACAGUAAGUUAGCUAAUGUUACGGAUGUUGAACCUGAUUUCUAGUUGUCCGGCUCCGCUUUGACAGAGAAAUUAUGUAAUAUUUGAUUAUAUAUUUAACAAAAUUAUGUUUUAAUAUCAAUUUACAGCGCGAAGAAUACAGUUGGGUGAGGUGUAAAAACAUGAGAUGUAAAUUAAAUAUACUUAUACUGGUUAUUUAACUGGUUGUCUCACGAUGGUACACUGUGCACACAUAGGACUCUUUGAAGCCAUAUGCUUCUUGCAACUGAAAGCUGUAUUAAGCUUAAGUGAGUGUAUAUUAUACACUACCUCUCCCUCUCUCUGUUUUUAAUAUUGUUACGCCAAACGCUAAUAUUGUUACGCCAAACUGACAUUUCUCUCUAAACAUCCAUCUUUUGAACAUAACUUCCGAUUGGUAUUUAAAUGGAACUAAAACGUAGAUGCCUAGUACUUUUGCCAAGUAUUUUUUUUUCACUUUUGAUAGGAGCUGAUAUUGUUUUUAUGACAGAGGUAACCUUGUGUAACUUUUAUAAUUUUUGUCAUAUUUUUGGUCCUUGUUACAACUACAUGAUAAUAGCCUAACAAAUUGCAAUAUAUAUUACUAAUGCCACAUUAAUGUAUGCAUUUUACCAUAGUAUUUUUCUAUGUGAAAAAUCAAUGGAUGUUGUGAAAGUUCUACGGUUGUUUUUCUAGGCAGCGCUCUUUUACUGAAACCUGCUCUUUGUUACCCAGACUACCUGAAAAAAAGACAAAGCAGAAAAAACCGACCAAUCUUCUUAUCGUCGAUUAUUAAAAAUAAACGUAAGAGAGUCAUACUGCAUCUUGGCCGACUCAUAGUGCUUUGUUUUCUUAUUUAUUUCAAUAAAGCAAUUCUUAAUUUGUUGGUCUCA